AUGAGUUCCUACCUGGAGUACGUAUCGUGCAGCGGCGGGAUCAGUGGCGAAGUGCUCAGCUUCGCACCCAAGUUCUGCCGCGCCGAUGCCCGACCUGUGGCCCUGCAGCCCGCAUUCCCCCUGGGCAGCAGCGAUGGCGCCUUUGUCAGCUGUCUGCCCCUGGCCGCCGCCCGACCUGCGCCUGCUCCCUCGGCUGCCCCGGAGCAGCCACCCGUGCAGCCCCCGGCCGCGCCCGGGUACGCGCCGUGCACCCUGGAGGGUGCCUACGAGCCGGGCGGCGCACCUGCUGCGGCAGCAGCGGCGGGGGGCGCUGACUUUGGCUUCCUGGGGUCCGGGCCCGCGUACGACUUCUCUGGCGCUCUCGGGCGGCCAGCCAACGACGGGCACGUCCAUUACGCCACCUCAGCGGUCUUCUCUGGCGGCGGCUCCUUCCUCCUCAGCGGCCAGGUGGACUACGCUUCUUUCGCUGAGCCUGGCCCCUUCCCCGCGUGUCUCAAAGAGCCAGCCGACGGCCGCCCAGGGGCCUUCCAGACCGCGUCCCCAGCCCCUGGGGCCUAUCCCAAGUCCGUCUCUCCUGCCUCUGGCCUCCCCGCCGCCUUCAGCACGUUUGAAUGGAUGAAAGUGAAGAGGAAUGCCCCUAAGAAAAGCAAAUUGGAGUAUGGAGUUACUAGCCCUUCCAGCGCGAUCCGCACGAAUUUCAGCACCAAGCAACUGACAGAACUGGAAAAAGAGUUUCAUUUCAAUAAGUACUUAACUCGAGCCCGACGCAUGGAGAUCGCCAACUGCUUGCAGCUGAAUGACACCCAAGUCAAAAUCUGGUUUCAGAACCGCAGGAUGAAACAGAAGAAAAGGGAACGAGAAGGGCUUCUGGCUACAGCCACCCCUGUGGCCUCUCUCCAACUUCCCCUUUCUGGAACAAGCCCCACUAAGUCUGGCAAGAACCCCGGGAGCCCUUCCGGAGCCCAAGAGCUUUCCUGA